GUGGUGGUCGGGGGGCGCGAGCUUAACGGUGAUGCGCAACGCGUGAAGCUACAGAGCAGAAAGAUCGACAAUCAAAGUUGGAAGAGCAGCAGAAGGAUCUGAAGUCGAGGAGACCAUGACUCCGUCCAUCCCCCUUUCAUUGGUCGGACUACUCAUCGUCCUGCUGAGUCCGGCCUCCUCUCAGACCAUUGACGCCUCAGUGAAGGAUCUGUCCAAUAAGAAUGCAGACUUUGCUGCCAGGUUGUACCGAGCCGUCGCCAGCCGUACCGACGACAACAUCUUCCUGUCUCCGCUCACGGUGUCCGCCGGACUGUUGGCGCUGUUAAGUGCUACCAACGGCCCGACCCAGGAUCAGCUGCUGCAGGGACUCACGCUGACCGGACUGGACCCGCAGACCAUCCCAGAUGUAUUUCAGACUCUGAUGAACGUCUCGCAGGAGAACGGAAAAGCUUACAUGCAGCAGGGCGUGGCUGUCCUUCCCAGCCAGAGUUUCACAGUGUCUUCAUCUUACCGGGACCUGGUUCAGACAAAAUUUGAGGGGAAUACUCAGAGUCUAGCCUACACAUCACCGUUUGAAGCUAUCGACACCAUCAACCGGUGGGUGGAGGAGCAGACUGGAAAUCGUGUCAGAGAGCUGGUGUCCACCAUAGACCCCCAAACUCAGCUGCUGAUCGCCACUGCCACCUCGUUCCAAACCCAGUUCAGGACAACUUUUAAUUCAUCGACCACCCAGGAUGAGCGUUUCGUCGUGGACAAGUAUCACAUUGUCAUGGUCCCCAUGAUGUUCGGGUCAGAUAAGUACUUCCUGGCGUACGACCGCUCGGUGAAAGCCGGUGUGUUGAAGCUGCCGAUGGCAGGCGGGGCGGCCAUGUUGGUUGUGCUGCCUGAUGAAGACGUGGACAUCACCAGUGUGGAGGAGGAAGUGACGGGUGAGAAGGUCCGGGGCUGGAUCCAACAGCUAAAGAAGACCAAGUUGGAGGUGCAGUUUCCUCGCUUCAAGCUACAGCAGUCUUACUCUCUGAAGAACGUGCUGCAGACUCUCGACAUCACUCAGGUGUUUGAGGACGAUGCUGACACCAGCAACAUGACCGGAGCUAAAGGACCUAAACUCACACAGGUUAGUAAAGAAGCUCCUGAGCAAACUCUAAAACUUGAAACGAAUUAA